UGCAGGCUGUAUAUGAUGCUAUCACUACUGUGCUGUGUUCUGCUGCUCUUUCUAAGUCAGGGUGCUGAUAGCAGGCAGAAGGCGAAAGAAGUGAAGGGCCUGGAGAGGAGGCAGUUCUGUAGCUGGCCGUGUAAAUGUGGUGUCCGGCCGCCGUGUGCCCCCGGUGUCAGCUCCAUCUUGGAUGGCUGCGGCUGCUGCAAAACCUGUGCACGGCAGAUUGGGGAAUCAUGCAACGAGAGGGAUGUCUGUGACCCACACAAAAGCAUGUACUGUGACUUUUCCAAAGACCAGCCACGUUAUGAAGUUGGCAUCUGCGCUUACAUGAUGGGGGUAGGGUGUGACCUGAAUGGGGCUCACUAUGAUAACGGACAGGCCUUCCAACCAAGCCCACUCUACAAGUGCACGUGCAUUGCUGGAGCUGUCGGCUGCACUCCUGCCUUCAUCCAGAAGCCAGCUGGAAUGUUGAGUACCGCUGCUCUCCAGGCCAGCUUGCCAGCAGGACUCAAGAGCAAUCAAAGCCCCAAACACCAGCAGGACACCACCUACAGGACCAUGUCAGCUUACAGGGAUCCUCCCUUAGCCUGGAAGAAGAACUGUUUGGUUCAGACCACACCCUGGUCACCCUGUUCACGCACCUGUGACAUCGGCAUCUCUGUACGAGUCAACAAUGACAACAGCAAGUGUGAGAUGAGAAAAGAGCGACGACUCUGUCUGCUUCGACCAUGUGAUAAAAAAGCUCUAAAGGGGCUUAAGAUGCCAAGAGGUAAAACCUGCAAACCGAAAUUCCAGGCCAGUAAAGCAGAGAAGCUCUCGCUGUCUGGUUGUACCAGCGUUAAGAAGCACCGCCCAACAUAUUGCGGCAUCUGCACAGACAAGCGCUGCUGUGUUCCCAAUAAGUCCAAAAUGGUGAACAUAGAAUUCCACUGCAAAGGGGUAUCUAACGUACGCUGGAAGAUGCAGUGGAUCACUUCCUGUGUGUGUCAGAGGAAGUGUAAUGAUGCCAAUGACAUGUUUUCAGAGCUGCACUUAAUAUAAAAUAGGAAAACAGGAAGUACGCAAUGUGUAAUGUAAGCUAUAGCAUAUGUACAGUUACGACCAGAAACCCUCUAUGCAAGUAUAUGAACGAAGACAAGCAACUACACACUUCUGUUUUAUGGACAUGUAGUAAAUACUUAAUGUCCACUAAUAAACCUCAGAAAUAUUCAGGUAGCUUUAUGGCCCUUGCAAAAUUGAAUGGCAAGGUUUUACAAUGAGUUGGUUUAAAAAGACAAAUGGCACACUGCUAUGCACUUAAACUGAGCAGUCUAUGAAUUUUUAUUUUAGUGUAUGAAGGUUAUUAUUGGUUGAUAGCCCCUCCUCCUCUGCUAUGUAAUUAAAGCUGUGACAGUUGAGUGUAUGAUGCAGUAUCCAAAACUUUUUUUCUUUUUUUGUCUGGUUCACAUGUUUGAAUAGAGUAUGAUUAAGGCCUAGACGCACAACUGUUUUAACAAAUUGAAACCAGUGUUUAACUCUGUUGUAAUACAGCAAGUAAAGAGAAAGGGGAGAUAUCUUUGUAAACAUUUAAAUUAAGUAAUGCCAUGUUAAUACGUGUCUCAUUCCUCAUGUCAUGUACAGCAAAUUCUCAGGUCACAGCUGCUGUAGAGACUUUGAACUUAUUUGAUAAAACUGACAUUUAAAACAGAUCUACCAUCACCUCUGAGGUUAAGCAAUGACAUAUACUUCAAAAAGUCAAACAAACAAAUAAAUAUCAACCUUGUCCCAACAUUGUCCAAUUAUAACAUUAUUUUGGAGCAAAGCUCAAACAACUAGAGAUCACUAUAGAAACAGAAAUAUUCAUGAAGAUGAAUAGACUUUCCUCAAGUUAAUAAAUCAAAAGAGUGUUAAUGUUGUGCAGUAUGUGAAAGUUAACAUCAAAAUAAAAAAUACAUCU